CUUCACUGCUAUCUAUUCUAUUCAAUUUUGUCUUUACUCUUGGAACGGACGUUCGUACAGCGGUUACAACCAAUAUAAAAAAGUAUUUUAAAAUUCAUGAUAGUUUUGAAGUGAACAAAAUAUUUUGAGUCAAGUCUUUCCUAACAUGCAUGCUAAGUGUAUAGUUGGAAUAUUUUCACUUUUCAUAUGUUCUCAUUUCUCGUUUUUAAUUCCUAAAAAAUCAGAGACGAGACUGGCAGAAAGUGAAUCAGUGUUGGACCCACAUAGUGAAUUAUUACUCAAAUGGAGAGUUGAUUAUUCUAUUGAAAAAAUACAAUUUGAAAUUAAAUUGUUGAAGAAAGCGCCACCUUUCAGUUGGUUCGCAUUAGGUUUUUCUGAUCGAGGCAAUUUUGAAAAUGCCGAUGUAUGUUUAUUGUGGACCGAUUACAAAGGCCAUGACCAUUUUGAGGAUAUGCACAGUGAUGAAGCUGGAAAAUUAAUUCGUGAUAACAAACAGGAUUGCAAAGGAUUUUAUUUGGACAGUCAAACCAGAAGCAUAUUUUUCGAAAGAUUUUUUGAUACAUGUGACAGUAAUGACUAUGUUAUAGAGGAUGGUACUACUCAUGUAAUAUGGUCUCGAGGAAUAGAUAAACUAUUCACGUCGAAAGGAUUGUGUCUAUCAUGUACAUCGCCUGAAAAUCGAGGAUUUAUACGAGUGCGACUUCUAACACCACCAGCUAUUUUUAAGGAGAAUGGUCUUCAACUGCACAUUACCAAUAACAAUUUAAAAGUACCUAGUACUGAUACAACAUAUUGGUGUAAAGUAGUAAAACUGCCUGAUUUUAUAACUCAAACACCACAUCAUAUAAUACAGUUCCAGUCUACAAUUACUCGAGGCAAUGAAGGCUUAGUACAUCAUAUGGAACUUUUUUACUGCGACGCGGAUCCAUCUUUGGACAUACCGGUUUAUGAAGGCAAUUGUUUUGCAUCUAAUCGACCAGAAAUUACGAAAACUUGCUCAAAGGUUAAAGCAGCAUGGGCUAUGGGUGCACCCCCGUUUGUUUAUCCAGAAGAAGCUGGGUUACCUUUAGGAGGACCUAAAAAUAAUAAAUACGUAAUGUUGGAAGUACAUUAUAAUAAUCCUGAAAUGAGAAAAGAUUGGGUGGAUAGUUCUGGAAUCACAAUACAUGUUACUGCUAAUAAACGUCGAUACGAUGCCGCUAUAAUGGAACUUGGUCUGGAAUAUACCGAUAAAAUGGCUAUUCCAGGUGGACAGAAAGCAUUUCCUUUAAGUGGUUAUUGUAUACCACAAUGCACAGGAGUGGGUAUACCUGAACAUGGAAUUAUUGUAUUUGGAAGUCAAUUGCACACACACCUAACUGGUAUUGCAGUUUGGACUCGUCAUUCUCGGCACGGUGUUGAACUGCCCCUACUCAAUAAAGAUAUGCAUUACUCGACACAUUUUCAAGAAAUUAGAAUUUUACAUAAACCUGUACAAAUAUUGCCGGGAGACUUUUUAGAGACUACUUGUUUAUAUAACACUGAGGAUAAAGAAAAUGCCACGAUUGGAGGGCAUGCAAUUACGGAUGAAAUGUGUGUGAAUUAUAUACACUAUUAUCCUGCUACAGAUCUGGAAGUUUGCAAGAGUGCUGUAUCUAAUAUUGCUCUUGAAAAUUAUUUUAAAUUUGAACAAAGAUGGGAUAACAUAUCUAUUUCAUAUAAUUCACCUCCGCGAUACAAUUAUUUAGCUAUCAAGCCAUGGACACCAUUGAGAGUUAACACUUUGAAUAGUCUAUAUGUUGAAUCUCCAAUAUCUAUGCAAUGUAAUAAAUCAGACGGUAACCGAUUUCAGGGUGACUGGGAAGGAAUACCGAUACCAAAAAUUACAGUCCCGUUGAGUCCUGAGCCUCGAUUGUGUCCUGAUAUUUUUAACGAAGUUGAAUAAAAGAUCUAGGGUCAUAUAUUAAAAAUGAAGUGAAUAUACACAAAACUAAUAUUAUUUAACUACCUUACUAAUAAUUAUAAUAAACUUGUUGUGAUAAGCAUUAUUUUUAACAUAUAAUGUUGUUAGAUAGUUUACAUUCAUCGUUCAUAAAAUACUGAAUAAAAG